CGCGUAAGUGUGUAUCGUCACCGCCGCCGCCGCCGCCGCUGUUGUCGCGCGGGUGUUUCGCGUUCGGGUAUCUCCGCACAGUCGGUCAACGAAACAGAAAGUGGCCGUACGUCGUCCGUACCGCACGCACCGCGACACACAAAACACACAAACAAACACACACACACACACUCAAACUCAAACACAGACACAAACACACACGCACUCCUCGCACACCUGUGACGAAGUACAAAUCGUUAUUAAUAAUAUUUUUUUUUUUUUUGUUUACCAUCAUUUUUGAAUUUUGACUAUUAUUUUCUUGUUUCGAGACGAUUUCGCGGGUUUCGUUGCGGAAAAUCUUACGAUCGUUUCGUUUUCCACAUCGUAUCACGUACGUACGUCGAUAUAACAAUUUGACAAAAAAAAAAAACAAAACGGUAUAACUUGUUUAUCCUUCGUCGCCGCGAGCGCCGAUUUGUCGGGUGCUUUUAGCGCACGCCGAGUAAAUAUAAAACUAUAAAUCCAGACAAAAAACAAGACUUGAACGCAAUCAACGGACAAGACACCGACGUCGGCCGUGCGCGGCAUGCGAUCGCCUUCGUCGUGGUCGUCGACUAGCGUCGCCCGUCACAGUCGUCGUUGAAUGGCUCCUCGCCGGAACGCAAUGGGUUUCAACGGUAUCGGACAUUUCGCCGACUUGUUCGGCCCGUCAACCACAACGGCCAUGGAACAGUUGUUCCAGCAGCAGCAACAGCAACAGCAGCCUUAUCAACUCGUCCACCAACAACAACAGCACUUCGAAGAGUGUUGCGUGCCCACCGGCGACUGCAUCAUGCGGUCCGCGCCCAUCAGGCCAGAAGAUCCGCGCGCCGCCGAACUGUACGCCCGCGUGGUGUGCAGCGACGGCGGGUGUCCGGCCGGCCGGUACAUGCACCGCGAGUGUUUCGACGCCUGGGAACGGCUGGUGCUGGUCUACAUGAAGAACGCGGCCGCGUCGUACGCCAACGGUAACGCGCCGCAGUCCAACGGCCGGCGCAUCAAAGACCUGUGGACGGUCAACGUCAACAACAACAACGUGGUGAACCUCAACAAGAAAGGCUACGAAAUGGCGUUCAAGGCCUGUGGCUGCCGUUGCGGCCGCGGUUACCUGAAGAAGGACUCCGAGUGGCCGCAGUCGCCGUCCGUUUCCGUCAUACGCAGGCGGUCGUCCGGCGGAAGCGGCGUCACCGUGGACGACACGGUGGACUGCGGCAGGACGUCGGCCGCACCGCCGACCGCCGGCAAGAAGAAGAAGCGCCGGCAGCCAGCCACCAGACAACCAGCGGCCGCCGCGUCCACGAUGACGAUGGUCGACUACUCCGAACUUCGGCUCCGCACCGGCAGCAUGUCCGGUUCGUCCAACGGUUCUAGUUCACCCGUCACCAAUUCCGCCAGCAGCGUGUCACCCGCACACUCGGGAUCGUUCGGUUCCAGCACCAGCACCGGUGCCGGUUCCGGUUCCGGCUCUGGUUCCGGGUCUUCGUCGUCCAAGAGGCGCGGGGCCUGUUUCAAAGACGUUUUCGAGAGGCAGUCUUCCAUGAAUGGCAAUGGGAUAUUUUGCCGCCGUCUGGACUUCAGCACAUUCAACCGGCUACCUCGGCACAUGCUCAACUCCUAUCACGUAAAGAUCGAAGACGAAGGCAACCACGGAAAUGACGAGACCAGAUCGUUCAUUUUGUCAUCGUUGGCCGCUCAAAAUCAAUCGCGAGUCAACUGCGUCCUGUGCUCGGACGUCAUGUUGGUGUUCGACCGAUACCCGCUGGUUGACGGUACAUUCUUCCUCAGCCCCAAGCAAUAUAACAAAAAUGCUGUCGAGGUGAAAAAUGAGGGACGAGCUCUGUUCCUGAACGCCGUCUGCAUGAAAUGUUUGGACGGCAAAGACGCCGACCGGAAGCUGUGUUGCCGAUUCUGCGCCACUCAGUGGGACGGUUCGUCGCUCAUUAUGGGCACCAUGUACGCGUACGACGUGUUCGCCGCCAUGCCGUGUUGCAACGAACGACUCAAGUGCAAUGGCUGUCAGAAAGCAUUGAUGUUGUCGCACCAACGACUGAACUUCUACAGCGAUUAUAGCCGCAAAGUCACCUGCCCGCACUGCACUUCCGUCGAUUAUCACUUCGUCAAGCCGCUCGCCGUGUACUACACCAGACAGUGGCCAUAACAUACGGCCACGGUCCCGACCGCAAUGGUCGGGGCCGGGGGCCGCCUACCGGCAGCCACCGCCACCGCCGCAACAGCGGUGAUUUGCUCCUCCUCGUCCGCAGUCUCCGUCACCCCACCGGCCGUGCUCCAACAGCAACAGCUACAGCAACAAAACCAUCAGCAUCUGCAACAGUUGCAACAGCAACAGCAACAGCUCGCGCCGCCCGACUACACUUCGGUGGCCAUCGAAAAGCUGCUCCAUUCCAUAUGGGACACCAAAGUCAACGACAUCAUGGCGGCCAUCAACCACUUGGGUUUGGUCUGAACUACUAAAACGCAGUCGAGUGUAUAAAAAAACCGAAAUGGCUUUUUCAUCUUUUCAAAAAACAAAAAA